AUGUACCGUCAAGCUUCUUCUGGAGUUCCGGAGAUUUUCGACCUGUCUAAUAGUCUUCUCGCACCGGAAGCACAUGGAGCAUUCGGCCGCGACUCGGCCUGGUUUUCAAUCGUUUUGUACAUGUCUCGUGAAGUGUUUACCGCUCGGUACGUGGUUUGUUGUCAACGGGCUCAUGGAUCGACUGAAUCCAGCGAUCGCAGGGCAAUAGAAUCUCCACUCUCGUUCUGCCUAUCCUGUGAACCAGAAGCACAGACGAUCUUCUCUGCAGUGAAACCAGCAUAUGUCAAGGGCUUUUUUUUUGGACAGACUGUUAGCCUGACAAUGUGGUCGGCUCGCCAAUUUUUGCCUGCGGAUUCAUUCUGCUCACUGUCAGUCCAGUACCAUCGAGAGUCUAUAGUGGGAGGAAAUGCCUGAGAUAUUCCCCUCACAAGUUUGUUCUCGUAAAGCAAUUCAUGUAGGUCGAAGCAGGUUUGGUGUUUUUUUCACUUCACCUCGUGUCUGCAUGAUACAAAUAGCCUUCACUUCUGGAAGUCACGGCCAAGUUAGGAACGUGUCACAUAUGAUGUAGCAUUAAGCCGCGGGUUGGACCCAUAUUUUACUCCUCAGAACGUGUUUGCAUUGGUUAUAUGGUCUGGCCAGUGACGAUGGAACUGGACUGGACAUACAGGUAUGUCCACUUCUCGUGGAUCGUACUCUGUUCUCGGCACUCGACUUUUCCACCGUCGUAUUUUGAAGGUAAACAUGCAGAGCUCGAAAACCAUGGGCGGUUUUUAAUCGGCCAGUCAGGUUGUGUGAGGUGAAUGUGACGCUGAAAUCUGUUCACCAUAUAAUCUUGCAAUCUGAGGAUAGACAACACAGCCUUGUGAAAGCCUUAGAGCGUUACUUGUGUACACGAGAUUGCAUAGCGUAGACAUCUCUAGGCAGCCUGGAGAUCCACGCAACAAUCAUCUCAAUCUUGAUCGAGAGAAGUAGAACGGAUCCUGACAGACCUGGAUUUUCUUCAUUUAAAUGACGAUCAGUCAGUCAUUCCUUCACCAAAAAGCCAAAGGCUUUUAGAAAAUCACGAAUAUACCUUCCUCACAUUAGUAUUGACAUUAUUCUCUACCACUAUGCACUGCAACUUACAGGAAGCGAAAGGGAACGAAAGUGUUCGUUACCAUGAUAGAUUUCGCAGUAGGUCUAAAGUUUAUUUCCGCCGGUGUCCUCAGCUGUGAGAUAAAUUUUCUGCAUCAAUACUCUUGUUCACUGUGCACAACCCAUAUGGUACCUGCCGCAAACAUCAACUGUAUAUGACCGUACGAACAGCUCAAACAGGUUAAGUUACACGCCCUGACGUGUAAGAAACCGGGACCGAUCGAUGGAGUUUACAGGUGGUUGAGACAAGAUCACCAGAGUCGUGGAGCGAAGAGGUGACAUACUGAGAGUCCGAUAUGUUCAAUGGUGAAAACCCCCAUUGAGAACGUCCUCACGUUUUCCUGUUUACAUUUCUCUGCGAGAACACCACCAAUGUUGAAAAACCCCAUUGAGAAAGUCCCCACGUUUCCUAUAUACAUUCCUCUAGUUAAGAGAACACCACUACAUCUCAUGUUAAUGAUAUAGAAGAGUGGUUGGAAACAUGUGUGAUGAAGUGGCA